AUAAACACAGCAGACAUGUCCGCCCCAGCCCAAGCAGCUCCAAAGAGAGAAUUCGGCAGAAAGCCAAGAGGCCCAAAGAGAGGUAGAAGAGAUGACGAGAAGGCCUGGGUCCCAGUCACCAAGCUCGGUAGAUUGGUAGCUGCCGGCAAGAUCUCCUCCAUCGAGGAGAUCUACUUGCACUCUUUGCCAGUCAAGGAGUACCAGGUCAUCGACGCCUUGCUCCCAGAGUUGAAGGACGAGGUCAUGAAGAUCAGAUCUGUCCAAAAGCAGACCAGAGCCGGUCAAAGAACCAGAAUGAAGGCUGUUGUCAUCAUUGGUGACUCCAACGGUCACGUUGGUUUGGGUAUCAAGACCGCCAAGGAGGUUGCCUCUGCCAUCAAGGCCGCCAUCAUCAUCGCCAAGUUGUCCAUCAUCCCAAUCAGAAGAGGUUACUGGGGUUCCAACUUGGGUGAGCCUCACUCCUUGCCAUGUAAGGUCACCGGUAAGUGUGGUUCCGUCUCCGUGAGAUUGAUCCCAGCUGCCAGAGGUAAGGGUAUCAUUGCUUCCCCAGUCGUCAAGAAGUUGAUGCAAUUGGCUGGUGUUGAGGAUGUCUACACUUCUUCUUCCGGUUCCACCAGAACUACCGAGAACACCUUGAAGGCUGCCUUCAUUGCCAUCGGUAACACCUACGGUUUCUUGACCCCUAACUUGUGGGACGUCAAGCCAUUGGGCGCUUCUCCAUUGGACACCUACGCCGAGGAGGCCAAGGGCUCCAAGAGAAGAUACUAAACUACUUGUCUGUAUGUUGACCUGAUCAAUACACUCCUGUAAUAUCUUUGAACAUUGCACUGUAGGUUCGAUGUGGAUGAGCGUGGCCGUCUGCGUAAGCAUGUGGCACGGGCCACUUCAGAACACGCGAAGUCAGAUUGUCGUUAAUCUUGGUACGUAUUGUUUUGUCGUAGAUGGGUCUUUUUUCGAUCAUGAUCAAUUGGUGCUUUUUAGGUGUUCGAUAGUAGUUCGUUCAAAUCGUUAGGUGUUCGUUAAAAUCGUUGUUCGUUAGAAUCGUUAGGUGUUCGUUAGAAUCGUUAGGAUAGAGAAUCGUUAGGAUAGAGAAUCGUUAGGUGUUUGUCA